AUGCAAUAUAGACAUAUUUAUCAGCCUAUUUGUAUCCAAACACUGAAGUACUAUCUGGAGAAAGAGAAGAACAUUGUGUUAAGAAAAGAGCGCCCCAGAGGCAGGCUGAUCCACAAGCCAUGCACUGAGACUGGAGUAAUGAAGGUGAGCUGUCUGGCCACGGGCUUCUACCCCCGACACAUCAACCUGACCAUGCUGAGAGACGGGCAUCCCGUCCCAGAUGAGGAGCUGAUUCUGGGGGAGGUGUUACCCAAUGGAGACGGGACCUACCAGACAAGGAGGACCCUGAGUAUCCGUUCAGAGGAACUGAGAGAGAGACAUCAUUACACCUGCUCUGUCACACAUCUUACUCUGGACAACAAGCUGGACAUAAAUUGGGAGGAAGGCUCAGAUGUUGCAGUCCUCAGUUCUCUGGUUGUAGUGCUGGUUCUGGUUCUUGUCUCUACCAUCCUUUUAUUUGUCAUCUAUAAGAGGAGGCGCAGAGACCGCCCCAGAGUCAGGCUGAUCCACAAGCCAUGCACUGAGACUGGAGAAAUGAAGGUGAGCUGUCUGGCCACGGGCUUCUACCCCCGACACAUAGUCCUGACCAUGCUGAGAGAUGGGCAUCCCAUCCCAGAUGAAGAGCUGAUUCUGGGGAGGUGUUACCCAAUGGAGACGGGACCUACCAGACAAGGAGGACCCUGA